AUGUUGAUUCGGCGACGUGUGGGGAUCAUCUGUCAGCUGGUCGGUGAGCUGCGGCUACGACUGUCGGUGGCGCUCGUGCGGUCGGCUGAGAACCGAGCUGACGCAUUGACGCGAGUCCCCAAAGACUGGCUUCGUAACGUGAGUGUGACUCGAGAGUGCGAGUCUCCAUCGCCCGGAGUCAGUGCGGCGGUCGUCUCCGAGCCGCCGCCUCUGGCCGGUGCCGCCGCUGGGCGGGCCGACAGCGGUACGGCGGACGAGCUCCGUGCAGCCGUGUGCCAGUCACACGAUCGGGCCGGCCACCCCGGUGUCCGUCGGACAUUGUACUUUGCCCGCCGUGAUGUGUCGCGUGACGUCACCCGGGCUAUGGCUCGUGCAGUGGUGGAGAACUGUGACGCGUGCCGCUCGAUUGACCCGGCCCCGGUGCGGUGGAGACAUGGCUCGCUCGGCGUGUCUGUCCCGUGGCAGCGCAUAUCCAUCGACGUCACCCAUCACCGCGGACAGAACUACCUCACCGUCAUUGACUGUGGGCCAUCGCGCUUCUGCGUGUGGCGCUCGCUGCGUCGCGCCAACGCCAACGAGAUCGUUGGCCACCUAGAGCAGCUAUUUCUCGAGCGCGGAGCCCCUGAGGAGAUCCUGACAGACAAUGACACGGUGUUCCGUGGCCGUCAUAUGGCUGUGCUCGCGGCGCGGUGGAGAGUGGCUCUCAGAUUCCGAGCUGUCCACGAGCCAGGCGGGAAUGGUGUGGUGGAGCGGUGCCAUCGGACAAUCAAAGUCAUCGCCGCGAGGCGCCAGUGUACCGUGGCCGAAGCGGUUCACAUUUACGUGACCCCGCGCGAUGGAGUGACGGCAGAGUCCGCCCCGGCAUCCGGGGUGUAUCAGUACACCGUGCGGGAUUGUAUUCGGUCCGCGCCGUCUGACGCCGCUGAAGCUAGCGAGCGGCACUCAUUCGUGUCUGACGACCGGUGUCGUGUUAGGCCGCCGCUAUCUGACGCCACGGAGGCUGACAGCGACGGGGACAGUGACAGUGUCGAUGACGGCGACGGGGACAGUGACAGUGUCGAUGACGGGCCGCCAUUGUACGUGGACUGUCACUGGGAGGCAACUGAGGACGGCGCUGACGUGGUUGUAGACAAUGGAACGACCGUGCGUGCUGUGCCUGAGACACUGCAGCACGCUACGGAGCAGACGGGGACUGAGCCCCCUGCAGCCGAGCCGGCUGUGGCUGAGCCUCCUGCAGCCGAGCCGGCUCAGGUCGAGCCGGUGCUGCUGCGGCGGAGCGCCCGCCUGCAGAGUCGGAUGGCCGGGAAGCUUGGCGGAGACCUGCCGGCCCGGCGGUGGCGCGGCCUGCGAUGGACGGUCGACGGCCGGGUCUCGGGAAGCAUCCGCCCGAACUAA